AUGAAGCUCACUUUCAAGGAUCUGAAGCAGGAGAAGUUCGUGAUUGAGGUUGAACCCUCUGAGACCGUUCGCCAAGUCAAGGAAAAGAUCGCUGAGGUCAAGAGCGGCUACGAUGCAGACCGAACGAAGGUGAUCUACUCUGGAAAGAUUCUGCAGGAUGACAAGUCAGUGGAGUCUUACAACAUCCAAGAAAAGGACUUUUUAGUCUGCUUGCCUUCAAAGCAACCUAAGGCCGCUUCUUCCUCCGCUCAAGUCCCCUCUACACCAGCUGCCCGUGCCCCCGUAUCCACCCCAGCUGCCCCUCCAGCUCCCGCACCUGCUGCUGCCUCAGCUCCUGCUGCCCCCGUGACACCAUCGCCUGCUGACCGGGCCACCCAGCCUGGUGGUCAAGCUGCUGCCUUCGGGGAUCCGUCUGCGCUAGCUAUGGGAACUGCCGCUGAGGGUGCGGUGACCCAGAUGGAGGCUAUGGGAUUUGCCAGAAGCGAUAUCGACCGUGCCAUGCGUGCUGCAUUCUACAACCCAGACCGUGCUAUUGAAUACCUGUUGACUGGAAUUCCCGACAAUAUCCAACAGGAGCAGCAACAACAGCAGCAGGAACAAGAUGAGGAAAGCACUGCACCUGCCGCCACUACUGGUGGCUCGGGUGGCGAGGAGCCCGUCAACUUGUUCGAGGCGGCUGCUCAGGCUGGUGACGGUGGUCGUGGUUCUACUCGCGCUUCCGGUGGUGGUGCUGCCGCCGCUGGUGCCGGUGCUGAUUCUCUUGCCAACCUCGAUUUCCUUCGCAGCAACCCUCACUUCCAGCAACUUCGCCAGCUCGUUCAGCAGCAGCCCCACAUGCUCGAGCCCAUCCUCCAGCAAGUCGCAGCCGGCAACCCCCAGAUCGCUCAAAUCAUCGGACAGAACUCUGAGCAAUUCUUGCAGUUGCUGAGUGAGGACUUUGAUGAUGAGGAGGCUGCUCUGCCUCCUGGAACACAGGCUAUUUCUGUCACAGAGGAGGAGCGUGAUGCGAUUGAACGUUUGUGCCGUCUGGGUUUCCCUCGGGAUUCCGUCAUCCAGGCCUACUUCGCCUGCGACAAGAACGAAGAGCUUGCCGCCAAUUUCCUCUUCGAUCAGCCCGAUGAUGAUGAGGAGUAA